AUGCCCAAAUACUAUUGCGAAUAUUGUGAUAAGUAUCUUACACAUGACUCUCCAUCAGUCAGAAGAUCACAUAUCAUCGGUAAGGUGCAUCAACAAGCUGUUAGAUUAUACUAUCAACAAUUUGAAGCAGACUAUCACAAGAGUAUAACAGAACAAAGAAUAAAAGAAAUGAUCAAACCCGGAACAGUACCUCUUCCACAAGGACCUCCAAUGUUCCCACAAGCACCUCCACAUGGAAUGAUGAUGGGACCUUCACCUUAUGGUAUGGGAGGUAUGGGUAUGGUAGGACCACCAGGUAUGGGAAGAGGCGGUAUGCCAAUGCCUCCACAUAAUAUGAUGAUGGCUCAAGGUCCUCCUCCACCAUACGGUGGUCAACCAGACUUUAAUCAACCACCUCCACCCUUCCCAUUCAUCCCUAAACAAUCAUUUAAUCCAUUCCCACCUCAAUAA